AUGGUGACACUGGAGUCGGGCACCGAGUGCUAUGACGUGGUGGACACCCUGGGCAAAGGCACCUUCGGGGAGGUGGCCAAGAGCUGGCGGAGGAGCACGGGGGAGAUGGUGGCCAUCAAGAUCCUGAAGGACGACGGGCACCGCAGCCGCAUCGUGCGCAACGAGCUGAAGCUGCUGCGGGCCAUGGGCGCGCUGGACGCCGACGCGGCGCACAUCGUGCGCUUCCUCGAGGCCUUCCACGACGGCGCCAAGUGCUACCUGGUCUUCGAGCUGCUCGAGCAGAACCUCUUCGACUUCCAGAAGGAGAACGACUUCUCGCCGCUGCCCGUGCGCCACAUCCGCACCAUCGCGGCGCAGGUGCUCACGGCGCUCGCCAAGCUCAAGGAGCUCUCCAUCAUCCACGCCGACCUCAAGCCGGAGAACAUCAUGCUGGUGGACCACGCGCGCCACCCGUUCCGCGUGAAGCUCAUCGACUUCGGCUCGGCGAGCAUCCUCAGCGAGGUGCGCUACAUCCAGGAGCCCUACAUCCAGUCGCGCUUCUACCGCGCGCCCGAGAUCCUCCUGGGGCUGCCCUUCUGCGAGAAGGUGGACGUGUGGUCGCUGGGCUGCGUCCUGGCCGAGCUGCACCUGGGCUGGCCGCUCUACCCGGGCGGCAGCGAGUACGACCAGGUGCGCUACAUCUGCGAGACGCAGGGGCUGCCGCGCGGCGCGCUGCUGCAGGCCGCCCGCAAGGCGCACCGCUUCUUCCGCCGCCCGCCCGCGCCCGACGCCGGCGCCUGGCAGCUCAAGACGCCCGCCGAGCACCUGGCCGAGAGCCGCGAGAAGCCGCUGGAGCGCCGCAAGUACGUGCUCCGCUCCCUGGACCAGAUGGAGACGGUGGGCGGCGGCGGCGGCGCCGACCGCGAGGGGCUCGCCGAGCGCGGCGACCUGCACGCCAUGGUGGAGCUCAUCAAGCGCAUGCUGGCGUGGGACUCGCGCGAGCGCAUCGCGCCCGCCGCCGCGCUGCGGCACCCCUUCGUGUCCCUGCAGCAGCUGCGCGGCGCCCACCGGCCCACCCGCUACUACCAGCUCUGCCGGCAGGCGCUGCGGGCCGCCCGGCACGGCGCCGCCGAUGACGACGAUGCCCACGAGGAGGAAGGGGCGGCGGAGGCGGCGCGCUGCGGCGUGCAGCGCGCCAUCGCCCAGCUCGACCACCUCAGCCUGGCCGAGGUGGCGCUGGGCGAGGAGCUGGCCGUGCCGGCGGCGCCCGCGCCCAUCCCGGCCCACUACGGCGGCUGGCACCGGCACCGGCGGCACCCGCGGCGCCCCAAGCCCGACGCCAUCCUGGGCAACCUCAUCGUGCUGGGGCCGCGCUCACCGCAUGGAGCAAGCGGCAGUGGCACCGAGGAGCAGAGCCCACCUGGGAGGCCCCCACCAUCACCCCACACCAAGAGAGCCCUGGCCGAGUGGCGCGUGCCCGAGGCGGGCGCCUGGCCGGGCUCGGAGCACCCCGCCGGGCCCCCGCCGGGCCGGCACCCCCGCUACGCGCAGCACGUGGCCGGCCAGCGCUGA